ACAAACUGCUCUCAUAAAUCGCCUUGAAAUGUUAUUAGCUGAUGUAACUGAGUGUAUCUCCACGGAAGCCGAUGUCUCUGUUAUUGAUAACGUACGCGAUAGUUCGGAUGAUCUUUAUCACAUCCUGGCAAACCUAUCUGCACAAAAUAGCCGAUAUCAAUAUGAAUAUGGCGCCAAUUUGUUACAUAACUCUAGGCGUUUUGUGGAUAUCUUGCAACGACCCAAUCUAAUUGAUGAAGCACUGGUAAAUGCCCAAAUAUCAAGGCCAGGUAGAAGAAAGUUUGAAGUUUCAAGGAAUCAAUUGCAGUAUUUUGUCGAACACAACUUCACAGCUGUACAAGUAGCCAAUAUGCUCGGAGUUUCGUUGAGUACGAUCCGGCGGCGCAUGCGUGAAAAUCACAUUGACAGCAGUCAGCCAUUUUCCCAAACAACUGAUGAGCAGUUAGACAGUGUGGUUAUUGACAUUAAACAUGCCCAUCCCAAGUGUGGUUAUAGAAUGGUGAUUGGACACUUGCGUUCUCGGGGGUUAAAGGUUCAGCAACAUCGAGUGAGAACAUCUGUGCGUAGGGUGGACCCAGAGGGCACACUCGUAAGAUGGAUGGCUGCUGUUCACAGAAGGACAUAUUCUGUUAAGGGACCAAAUUCACUGUGGCAUAUUGAUGGUUACCAUAAACUUAUCAGAUGGAAAAUGGUUAUCCAUGGUGGAAUAGAUGGUUACUCAAGAGUUCCAGUAUUUUUAUCCUGCUCAAACAAUAACAGAUCUGACACUGUUUUGGAGCUAUUUGAACAAGCUGUUGGUUGCUACGGCUUGCCAUCUCGGGUUAGAAGUGAUAAAGGUGGAGAAAAUGUUGGGGUGUCUAUGUUCAUGUUAUCAUAUGCAGAUCGGGGUCCAGGAAGAGGCAGUAUGAUCACAAGAAAAAGUGUUCACAACCAACGUAUCGAGAGACUUUGGAGGGAUCUUUUUUACCAAGUAGUCACUUUAUUCUAUGAUCUGUUUUACCACUUGGAGACCUGUGGUGUGCUUGAUCCUGAUAAUGAUCUCCAUAUCUUUGCUUUACAUUAUGUGUUUAUCCCUCAUGUAAAUCACUCCUUGAGUCAGUUUAUGAAGUCUUGGAAUGAGCACACACUUUCAGGUACUGGGGGCAAGUCACCAAUGCAGCUAUGGAUUGAGGGACAAUUAAGGAUGAACACUUCCGAAAUGGGAUCAGUAUUUGAGGAACUGACAGAGAAUGAAGCAGCAACAUUUGGCAUAGAUUGGGAUGGACCAUUACCCACUGAGUUUUAUAAUGGUGAGGAAGCCAACCAGCCGGAUAAUGUGGAAGUACCAAAUGUGGAAGUACCAAUUUCCAUUGAACAAUUUCAACAGCUUAAAAUGCAUGUAAAUCCAUGUGAGUUCAGCACAAACUACGGUAUAGGGUUGUAUAUGAGAACAUUACAAUUUCUUCAUAACAGAACAUAA